AUGUGGGGCCCUUGGCAAAGACAGGAAAUUCUAAGCAGUGACAUCAUCAUCCUGACCAUCACCCGCUGCAUAGCCAUCGUCUACAUAUAUUUCCAGUUCCAGAGCUUAAGACAACUGGGAUCCAAAUACAUUCUGGGCAUUGCUGGUCUUUUUACCAUUUUCUCCAGCUUCGUGUUCAGCACCGUCGUUAUCCACUUCUUCGAUAAGGAACUCACUGGCUUAAAUGAGGCGCUGCCCUUCUUCUUGCUUCUCAUCGACCUCUCCAAGGCGUGCACCCUCGCCAAGUUCGCCUUAAGCUCCAACUCUCAGGAUGAAGUGAGGGAGAACAUUGCUUCUGGCAUGGCUGUCCUGGGACCUACCUUCACGCUGGACGCUCUGGUGGAGUGCUUACUCAUCGGAGUAGGAACCAUGUCAGGUGUGAAGCAGCUGGAAAUCAUGUGUGGCUUUGGAUGCAUGUCUGUUUUAGCCAACUACUUUGUUUUUAUGACUUUCUUCCCUGCGUGUGUCUCCCUGGUCCUUGAGUUGUCGCGUGAGAGUCAGGAGGGCCACCCCAUCUGGCAGCUGAGUGACUUCUCCAGAGUGAUGGAGGAGGAGGACAACAAACCCAACCCUGUAACCCAGAGGGUCAAGAUGAUCAUGUCUCUGGGACUGGUGAUGGUUCACGCUCACAGCCGCUGGAUUUCCAAACCGUUCUCCACAAACUCAACAGCCAGUAACGGACAUAUCGGCAUGGAACUGGAUCAGCUGUCUCCUAGAAGAAUCGAACCAGAAAUGCCACUCUGGCACUUCUACCUGUCCAGAAUGGUCACCAUGGACGUAGAGCAAGUCAUCUGCCUGAGCCUGGCCCUGCUGCUGGCCAUCAAGUACAUCUUCUUUGAGCAAGUGGAGAUGGAGUCCACGCUGUCCCUCAGGAACCCCAUCACUCAGGCGCCCCCGAGCCCAGGCCAACAGUACAACAAGACCUGCUGCAUGAAGGAGCCGUCUGCACCCAUACAAGCAGCCCCUGCUCCCGUUUGCAGGGAGGAGAGAGAUGAAGUUAUCCGGCCAUUUCCUGCCCCAUCCACCGACCGCCAGGAGAAGAGCUUGUUUGUCAUAGGAGAACAAGAUGUGAAGAUCAAGUCUGAGAACACCGAGCCAAGUGUGCCGCAGAAUCAGAACCCCAGAGGACUUGAUGAAUGUGUGUCCAUCCUUAACAACCCUGAGCUGGGACCACGUCAUCUAAACGACGCUGAGGUGAUGCUGCUGGUGGCCUCCAAACACAUCCCAGCGUACAAACUGGAGGCUCUGAUGGAGACACCAGAGAGAGGGGUGGACAUCCGCAGACAGAUGAUCUCUACAAAGCUUUCCUGUCCCUCUGCGCUCUCCUCCCUACCAUACCACAACUACGACUACUCCAAGGUCAUGGGGACCUGCUGUGAGAAUGUGAUUGGUUACAUCCCUGUACCAGUGGGGGUAGCAGGGCCGCUACAUCUGGAUGGGAAGCAGUUCCAGGUUCCCAUGGCGACUACAGAGGGAUGCUUAGUGGCAAGCACCAACCGUGGCUGCCGCGCUAUCGCACUGGCUGGAGGAGCCAGCAGCCGUAUCCUGGCUGACGGCAUGACUCGCGGCCCUGUAGUCCGACUCCCGUCUGCCUGCAUGGCUGCAGAGGUCAAGGCCUGGCUGGAGAGCCCAGAUGGUUUUCAGGACAUCUCAGAGGCUUUUAACAACACCAGCAGGUUUGCUCGGCUACAGAAGCUGCUGGUUGGCCUGGCGGGAAGAAAUCUUUACAUUCGCUUCCAGUGCAGAACAGGAGAUGCUAUGGGAAUGAAUAUGAUUUCCAAGGGCACAGAGAAGGCUCUGAGCAGACUGCAGCAGCACUUCCCUGAGCUGCAGGUUGUUGCUGUCAGUGGGAACUACUGCACAGACAAGAAACCUGCUGCCAUCAACUGGAUCGAAGGCAGGGGCAAGUCGGCUGUUUGUGAGGCUACCAUCCCUGCAAAGGUGGUCCAGGAGGUGUUGAAGACGACAACAGAAGCACUGAUAGAGGUGAACAUCAGUAAGAACCUGGUGGGCUCAGCCAUGGCGGGUAGCAUCGGUGGAUUCAACGCACACGCUGCCAACCUGGUGGCUGCCCUCUACAUAGCCUGCGGCCAGGAUCCAGCCCAGUCAGUGGGCAGCAGUAACUGCAUCACUCUGAUGGAGCCAGCCGGACCGGAGGGGAAGGACCUGUACAUCAGCUGCACCAUGCCCUCUAUAGAGGUGGGGACUGUAGGAGGAGGCACCAACCUGCCCCCCCAACAAGCCUGCCUCAAGAUGCUGGGCGUCCAAGGUGCCAGUCAGCAGACUCCAGGGGAGAACGCCCGCCAGCUGGCCCGGAUCAUCUGUGCCACCGUCCUGGCUGGAGAGCUCUCGCUGAUGAGUGCUCUGGCUGCAGGGCACCUCGUCAAAAGUCACAUGACUCACAACAGAUCUAAGGUGGACCUCCAUGGACCUCAGACCCCAUGCGGCAGGAGCCUCAAUGCAAACUGAAGGGCAGGUGGAAGCCGUGAAAACCAACCAGUCGAAAAGGGAUCAAUCACUUCUCAAAGAAAACAGACUCUCUCUGUCUUCCACGCCUCUUAAAUUGGAUAUGAGAUUAUAUUUUGACAAAACGUUUGUUCCUCAGGAUUUAAGAGAAUCUCCAUCAUAUCAGUUCCUGUUGCUCAUAUUUUUCUGUUUACAUCUGAUGAUUUUGUUAAAAUGAAACAUUUCUGCCAAACCAAACAGAAACUGUAACUCAGGCUGAAAAUAAAUGUUUGUUGCUGAAGUUUUCCUCAGCAACAACUCUUCUUCCACACAUUCUUCUUUCCUU